CUCAUCUCUGUCACUAUUGCUAUGAAUCGCGGCGGUGGCAACGCUGUGUAAGAAAUCGUGUAUAAAUUGGGUUAAAUAAGCUAUCAUUUAAUUGUAUGUAUGUACUAAAUAACUAACACAGCAAACCUUAAAAGGAGUAACACCGAAGGACAAUAAGAGAACCAACAGUACUUCGGUUCGGCAUGUCAAUGAUUUGAUAUUUUUCAAAAGAAUUAUUAUUUUUAAACAUUUAUGUACAAUCGUGCGCACAAUUUAUACGGCAAAAUAAGUUUGUUCUUUUUGGUCUUAAUUUGCAUCAUAGGUGCAAGCCGUUUUCGUCAAAAUGAGCGAUGACGAGCGUACUUUGUGGUGUGGAAAUUUAAGCGAUAAAGUAACAGAAGAAAUACUAUAUGAAUUGUUUUUACAGGGUGGCCCUGUACAGAGAGUUUCAAUUCCAAAAGAUCGUGACGGCAAACAAAGAAGUUUUGGCUUUGUUACAUAUAAACACGAGGAAUCAAUUCCUUAUGCUUUAGAUCUUUUCGAAGGUACGUCGCUAUUUAGCCGGCCAUUAACUAUGAAAGUACGAAACAAUGGCGAGGCUCAACAAACUCCUGCACAACAAGAUGUUAGUCCAGAUGCGUAUCACUUAUUGCAAUUUGGUAACCAAAUGAUAUCUGGUCUUAUGUCUGGUGUAAAUGUGCAAAUGCUUGGAAUGUGUUCUCCACCUGGUUUAAUCACAUAUCCAAGCCAAUUUCAGUGUUACUCGUACCCUGAUAACAUGAGAAAUCACAGACAGCACCCAUAUUAUCAUGAGCAAGACCAAGAAAGGCACAACCGAGACUAUAAGCAUCGUAAGGACAAAUAUUCUUCUCAUUCGUAUUCCUCUCAUCAGUCUACCAAUUAUAAGUAUAAUGGUAAUCGAAAUAAAAGAAAUUAUCAUUAAUUGAUUCUAAUGUAAUUCCAAUGAAAAGGUACUUGUAAGAACUAUAUAGUAAAUUUUAAUAAUACUGUAACUAAUAAAUAGUAAACAGUUCCAUACUAAUUAUUAUGAUUAUAUUAGGAAACUUAAUAUGGCCAUUAUAAAGAUAUUAAAUGAGCCGUAUGCAUUGGUGUACGAAUUUUAAGAAAAUUAUGUUAUGUACAUGCAUAAAAAAUAGACGUUAGUGGUUUCUUACUCUUGGAAUAAUAAAUAAGAUAAAUUAUUUUAAAUCAA